AUGAACUAUAUGAUAACUACUCCAUCUCAACAACAAGUACAAUCUCAAAAAGACGUUGAUAAUGAUCCGACAUUAAAUCAAAUGACUGUUCAAUCAUCAAUCAACAACCGACAACAACAACAACAAUCUAUUGAAAAACAACUUGUUUUAUUAUUACAUGCACAUGGAUGUCAACAACGUGAAACACAGACUAUUGACGGUGAAACACCACCCUCAAGUACAUGUACAUUACCGCAUUGUAGUAAGAUGAAAAAUGUUCUACAAUAUAUGACAAAAUGUGAUGAUCAUAAAUCAUGUACAGUUACCGAUUGUGCUACAUCGAGACAAAUUACUUUACAUUGGAAACAAUGUAAAAAUUCACAAUGUCCCAUAUGUCAACCGGUUAAAAUAUCAUCAACAUUAGCCAAACUAAAUCAAGCACCAACUAAUAAUAAUAGCACAACAACAGUAUCACUGCCAAUAAAUAAAGAAUGGCAACGAUAUGCAACACAAGAAAUGCGAAAUCAUUCAGUACAAAAAAUCAUGACUGCACUGAUACCAAUAGCUGAUACAGGUGCUAUGCGGGAUAAGCGUAUUAUUAAUUUAGCUAAUUAUGCUCGACGCGUCGAAAGUGAAACAUUCGAAAUAGCCACUAAUCAAGAAGAAUAUUUUCAUAAAUUAGCUGAAAAAAUUCAUAGAAUCCAAAAAGAAUUAGAAGAACGUCGAGAGAAAAAACGUGUACAAGACAUGCAAUUAGUUAUACAACCAUCGUCAUCAACAAUACCUGAUUUUAAUGCUAAAAUGAAUCCAGAUCCCAUAAUUGAUGAUCGUAUGCUAUUACAAAUUCGCACGACGACAUCAUUAAAUGAUUAUCUAUCAUCAACUGCAAGUAAUUCUUUUCAAUGCACAACUAAAUCUGAAUCAUUAAUGGCAUUAACAAAUGUUCCGUCGAAUGAAAUUUUAAGUUUUCUUUUAAAUAGAGAUACAACAAUUAGUAGUCAAGCGCAUGAUAUGGAUACUAAAAAUAGUCUCAAUGGAAAUCAAUUUAAGAACAAAUUAAGCUGA